AUGCUGCCUACCGCUGCCUUUUCCAGGCGUCUAACACGAGCCGGCGCCCUCGUCUUCGCCUGUUUCGCCUUCGCCUUCCUCACCCUCCACCUCUACUCGCCCAUUUCAUACAAGCUCUAUCACGACCCGAAACGGUUACAUGUCGCCGUCUUUGCCACCAGCGGCAACUAUUUCCUAUGCCAACUACACCUGUCCGCCGCCCUGCUGGGCUUCCCCGCACCUGUCUUCAUCAAUUGGAAUGACGAGGAGGACAAAGAUGAAAUGAAACAGCACCUGGCCAAGAUUGAAGGCGCACUUUCCUAUCUCGAGUCAAUCCCUUCACACCAGCAAGACGACCUUGUUCUGAUGAUGGAUGGCUUUGAUAUAUGGUUCCAGCUGCCCCAUGACUACAUUCUCCAACGAUACCACCAGGUCGUGGCCAGAGCUCACGAGCGCCACGUCCAGGCCUUCGGCGAGGAACUCGUCGCCAAACACAACAUCCGAAACACUGUCAUCUUCGGCCCAGACAAGUCUUGUGCACCUGCUGGCCAGGAUCAUGUCUCCUGUUGGGCCAUCCCCGAGUCUUGGCUGCCUCCAAUGUCGUUCGGGCCAGACACCGAUCAUGGACGAGCCAUGCACAACCGCCCUCGCUGGCUGAACUCUGGCACCGUCAUAGGGCCAGCCAGAGAGCUGAAAGACGUCUUCGAGCGCGCUCUGCAACAAAACCGGGACAAUCACGUUACCGACUCGGAUCAAUUCUACUUCUCCCACGUUUUCGGCGUGCAGUCCUAUGCGCGUCGGCUCCUCAAGCUCGAAUACGACGCUGCACGCGGAUGCGAUGUCGCCGGCGAUCAAGAAUUCCUACAUCCCCAGCACGUCGAUCCGAAAAAGAAGAGUAUUCCCAAUACUGAUGGCCGCACCGAAUACUACAUCGGCCUCGACUGGUCAUCAGACAUGUUCCAGACUGCUGGCUUUUACGCCGACUAUCUGACAUGGAUCCGGCAUAAUCAGACCUCACAGUACAUCCAGCAGCAGUCCGAAACCGGUAACUACCACCAUCACUUUACGCUCCCCGAAGACCUUCUUGGAAGAGGACCCUCAGAAGACAAGGACCUCUCGUCCAUCGACCCAGCGCUCGCGUCCUGGCAAAGCCUCCCACUUGCGACCAACACUGCUUCAAAAACCGUCCCAACCGUCAUGCACAUCAACGGCAAGAAGGGCUACCGGCACCUGUGGUGGCCACGAAACUGGUUCUUCCCCUACAUAGAGCCCAUGCUCAAGGCACUGCGGCGGCAGGGGAUCAAGAACAUUGGUGGCGAUCGCGAAGCCCUAGCUGGGGCCUGGACCUUCUUGAAGGGCGAAUAUGGGUGGGAAGAGUGGAACACCGUAUGCGGGAGAUAUGAGGACCGGCUGAUGGGGAAAACAAAAGAGCCGGACUAA